AUGUUUAGCUGGAUGGAUCGUAAUUGGAAACUCAAACAUGCUCUUCUUCGUUGUAAACACUUUGAAGAACAAAGUAAAACUGCUAUCAAUUUAUGGGCCGAAAUAGAAUCAAUCUUCAAAGAAUUCAAUCUGGUAUUUGGUGAUACUCCAAUAACAACUGAUAAUGGUGCUAAUAUUAAAGCUUCAUUAAAAGAUGAAAUACGUCUUCCAUGCAUGGCUCAUUGCUGUUCAACAACCUUGGAGACUGCAUGGGAAGCUACAAGAAAUGGUUGUUUUGAAUUUGAUCAAUUGAUUAUUUCUGUAUUAGAAUUACGUUCUUAUAUUGCACGUGCAGGCAAUAUCCAGCAAUUUCUUCCAAUGACGAUAAAAAAAAACAGUGUUACACGACCAUGGAGAUCAUAUUAUGUGGUUUAUCAAAGCGUGUUGGUUUCGUACGACAAACUUGUUGAUGUUCUUUCACCAAGUUUCGAAGAACAUCGAAUAUUAUCAAUAAACAAAAACUUACUUGCUAGUGUAGUAGAUUUGAUGAAACAAUUUGUGCCAAUUUUUGAUGCAUUGGAAUUCAGUAAAGCACCUACGAUACAUAUCGUAGUUCCAUCAUAUUAUGCGAUGAUGAAAUUAGUGCAACUCAAUGGACAAGAACGACCUACAAUUAAACUUCUGAAAGAAAAUAUACAAAGUGCUCUCAAUGAAAAAUAUUGGGAAAAUAUCAUGCAAAUUCAUUGGGUAGGAACAUAUCUGGAUCCAUCUUUUCGUGAUCUUUCAUUUGUCACGGAUAAAUCUUAUAAAACAACUCAAUUAAAGGCAAUAAAGGAUGGAUUAAUCAUUAUGGCUGAAGAUAUAGAUCGUGAACGAAAUGAUAUUAAUGAUAGUUUAAUUGAUCAUCAACCACCAUUAAAAAAAAGUCGAACCGAAGGAUUUGCUGAUCCAUUCGCACAAUUAAGAACGUCAUCAUCAGAACCUGAAAAAUUAAACGUCAAAGAUGAACUUUUAGCUGAACUGUCUCAUUACAGUAAACUUUCAUAUUCAAAUUCGAACAGUAGUAAUAAUCCAACUUUAAUACUACUCGAUUUUUGGCGCACGAACGAAACAAAAUUACCAUUACUAUCUGCAAUCGCCAAAAGAAUUCUUGUCAUCCAAGGUUCAAGUUCCGAAUCGGAACGUCAUUUCUCAUCUGGUGGUAAUAUAGUAUCUGAAAGACGUAGCCGAGCUAGUGCGUCGACUGUUGAAUCAUUAGUUGUUCUCAGAGAAGCUUUUAUAAAUGGUCAAUGGCCAGACUCAUCUGGUGAAAAUGAUAAAGAAAAACUUGAAACUGAAAAAGACAACACAAUGUUUACACCUGAUAUUAUUUCAUUAUAG